AUCGGGAUAAUGGAUCAAUGAAAGAAUUCAAUGCAUUACUUAUUAUGGCUACGCUGGGUGUAAUCCUAUCUUCGUGCCUUUCAAAAUCUAUCCCACCUCCAUGCUUUUUGGAUCCAAUGGAUUGUAGUGAUAUCUUCGCCGUCUUCUUUAAACGGUUGCGCGUGUAAUGUAGUGUUAAUGAGAGGACUGCUUUUGCCCACUUGGUUUUGCUGCAGUGGUGUAUCCUGAAGGUUCUGAAUAGAGGAUUUUUUUCUGCUGUGUGGUUCUUCUAAGCUCAGGUGGUUCUUGGUGAAGUGGGUUGUCUCGUUGGUUAAUUGUUUUGAGCUGAGAGUUUGCGAUACAGUUGGGCGGGUAGUUGUUCUGUUUGGAUUGUUAUUUGAGUGAGUCCCUAUACAGCAAGCGAGUUCUGGUGCAGCUAUGGCAGCCUCUGUAAGGGACGUACCAAUGUGUACAACUUGCUGCAGUUUUGGUUCCGUGGCAUCGACGCCAGGUUGCAGUAAUUUUGAGCUCUCGGACGCGGCCGGACAGAGUCUUCGGUUUACAUUCCCCGCUGAUGGAAUGCUGAAGCUUCCUUUGAGAAAUCGCCAGAGGAGAAAGCAGCUAGGGAUGCAGGUAGUGGCGAGGUCGUUUGACUCUCCGCUGAUCGAAGGGUUUGAAAGUACACUGCAGAACUUGUGGCAUGAUCCGAAGUUUACAAAUAAUUCAAAAGAUUCUGCAGCAAUUGGCACCUCCUCACCUGUCACUACUUCACAGGAACAGUUCGGGGCUCGCAUUAAUGAAGUAGAAGGUAAUAUCAGCAACCAGAAUGCAUCUCAAUAUAUACAAGCUACUGCAUUUAAGGAUGGGACGCUUGCAGAGAGACAUGCAGAUAUUGGUCAUGAUUUUGAUACAAAGAGAUCUGCAAGAUGUAGGCCGCCGCAAAUGUCUAUAUCACAAGGCUUUUCGUCAGCGGGGAGGCGUGCAGUGUCCCACACCGCAGUACCGGCUGGCCAUCCUUUGCACAGCGUCAAAUUGCCAGGGCCGAUGGGUAUUGUAAUUGCAUUUUCAGUUGCAGCUCUUGGAUUGAAGACUGCUGUGAAGAAUCAAGGCUUUAUGCCUGGCACUCCACAGUUUGCGAAAAAUGCGAUGGGUAUGGAGUGCAAUCUUGUCAUGUUUGCCAGGGGCGUGGUAUUCUUACCUGGGAGGGCAAGCUUCGGCAUACUGACCCUUGUCCACUAUGUAUUGGACGCUGUAUAGAAAAGUGUUCAAGCUGUGGAGGGGUGAAGAGGAGAAAAGGCUUGCCUCCAGCUCUGGAGUCUAGUUUGUCGAUCAAGUUUGGCUCAAAUAAGAAAUGAAGUUUAGGAGACGAUAUUACUUAAUCACACACAGAUGUUGAGAUCCAAGUUUGCCAUAACUUUGUACAUUACUGUAAAUUGCAUUCGUGAGGAGAACCACAGGGUGUGCAUCUCACGAAUGGGAUAUAGUUAUUAUAAAAGUUUCCAUUUUGAUAUUGAAAUAUUAAGUUUUCAAAAUUUGUACACACCAGUGUAGAUUUAUAAUUUGAAUUAAAGAUUUUGCCGUUAAGAGAU